GGACGUAGAUGAUUUCAAUUUCCAUUGAAAACUCACAGUAGUCAUUACUCAAUCAACCCACUGCAAUAAUCAUGGAGCGUGUGCGUUGACUGCUGCUGAUCUGAUCUCCACGAGGAAAACCCAGUUUUCAAAACGAUUUUUUUUGGAAUCUUCGAUCCGAUUCGAUCGAUUUCAUCGACAGUGUUGCUGGAAAGAGGAAACUUCGAAGGAUUUUGCUUAUUUGAUCGCUGUUAUUGAGACUCUGUAACUUCGGAUUUCAUUUUCGACCCAAGAAGAAGGAAGAGCAAAACUCGACAGUAUUUUCUCAGGCGGGACACCGUAGAAACAAAAAAAAAUAUCAAUAAUGGUGCAGAAGCUGGAAUUGAUCAAGGGAGGAGGAGGAUCCAUCAAAAUAGGAACAACAGGAACAGUGGCUGCCCUAAUGACACGAGAGCUAGACGCCAUGGAGAGAACUCCACCUCAGACAGCUCCCACGUCGAGAUCCAACAGGACAAUCCCCGUCUCAGUAGAUUGUGUUCCAUCAUCUUCCACUCCUAGAAGAGCACAAGCUAGGAAACCAUCGGAUGAAGCAAGCAGUAGCGUAAAUCCUGUCAGAACGCCAAAGGGUUACCACCCGAAAAGCACUCAUAGCUUUCCGAUGCUCGGCUCUGACAAUGUCUCGUUGCACGGGACCCCGAGAAGAGAGAAGAGAACUAACAUUGUGGAGAUCGUGGACGUGAAAUGUGGAAACCCUGAUCGAGCUUGGGCAAACCCAAUAACUAGCAAGCUCAAGAAGCUCGGAUUCUCGAAACUAUCAGAGAAUUCUGCUUAAGCUCGGAUUCUCGGACAUCAGAUUGGCUGUAAGUUCUGUAAGAUGAGAUGACAUUCUUGGGGUGUGGAUCUUUUUCACAUAUGUGAUGUUUUGGGUUUGGUUUUGGUUUCCACAACUGUGAAUUCGAUUAAACCGAACAUCAAAUGUAAUAUUGGUUUGGUUUGUAUAAACCGAGCUUCAUGUCACAUCUUAUAAACUUGUUUUAAUCA